GUUUUGAACUCUAGUCUCCCAGGUUGUAGUCAGAUGCUAACCACUAUGCCACCACUGGCCCCAGUUAUGUGUUAGACCAGCAAGAGGAAAGGGCUAUUGGCUUUGCACCCUACCUCCACUGCUGGAAGCAGUAAUGCAUUCAAAUCCCAGCUGCUGUAAGCAGCUCAAAGUGAGAGUGCUCUUGCGCUCAGGUCCUGCUUAUGGGCUUCUCAUAAGCUUCUAGUUAGUGGCUAUGAGAACAGGAUGCUGGAUUAGACGAGCCAUUGACUUGAUCCAGCAGAGCUCUUCUUAUUCUUAACAGGUCAGGGAUAGGUAAAGGGAGAGUAAAAACAGGCCUGGUGCAAGAUGUUUUGGUGCUCAAGGCAGAGCAAUUGAAAGGACCCACCCACUCACUAACAGAGAUCGCCACAGUCCAUUGGGAAGCUGCACUCCCAUUCAUUCAAUGUGCCAUAAAUUGAUCCUGUGGGGUUUGUUCUUGUUAUUACGAUUCUACAAUUAUUGAGGAGAGAAAAAAUGUGUUUGAAAAUCCUCAUCGUUUGGGGUGUGGCCUUUUUGUUGUUGUUGUUACACUUGGCUUACUUUUCAGGUGGCCAAGAGUUGUUUGCCCAUGUCCUUUCUUUGAUAGUACAAAUUUUCUCCCCAGUAGUCUAUGCUCUGAGUUCCUGGGCUUUAAAGAAGACAUCCAAAAAACAGACACACAACCAAACCUUUAUUGUUAUGGCCAAUGACCAGCACUAAAGAAACUAAAUGAGAAGCACAUAGUAUCCAAAUGUGCAUGCUAAGAUAAGAGAAACAAAUAAAACAAGGUAAAUAAAAUAUAAGUAAAAUAAAUAAGUAAAAUAAGAUGGGCAUUGACAUUUUGGAAGUUACAAUCAUGUCACAAACUCCAAAGAGGAAAAUUUCAAAAUAUGUAUGGUCAGUCUCUGGUGGGUUUUGCUACAGCAACAUGAAACUUAGCCACACUGAGAGUUAUAGGUGCACACACAGCACCCUGGGCCAACUUGCAGCAAUAAGGUAAGCUCAAAUCUCCACCCCUGCCAAAAUGCUAAAGAGGAAGGCAUAAAAACUGGAAUCUUCUUUCAUUUAUUUAGUUAAUUUAUGUACAGUACUGCUUUAUAUUCCAGUAGAAAUGUCUUAAGGGGUUGACAAAUCCCCUCAAUAAGGAAUCAAUAUUUGAAAUGCAAUACAAAUGUCGCAUUCAGAAACAAACAUUGCUAUUACUAAUAAUCAUCACAAUUGCACAUAUUAAGUAAUGUAAUUAAGUAUCUUUCACGGGAGAAGAAAGCGUCUGAGAAAAUUGGAGGGCAGAUUUCACCACAUCGCUAAUUCACAGCGUGUGCUCUUCCCAUUAGGUUAUAGGCCCUCUCAUCCACUUGUUUCCACGAUCCAUCUACUUAUCUGUCUGCUGCUAUAUACUACAGUAUAUACUUGCAGUAUGUGAUGAUCUGCAAGGGGUGUUGGUUCUAAAAGGGGAUUCAGAUUCCUCCCCAAGGAAACUGGCUGUUUAUGCUGGUGAGUCCUGUCGGCAACUCUCUUACCCCUUCCCUCCCCGAGGCUGUAGGGGCAGUUAUGUUCCCCCCUCUAAACCUUUGAAAACUGUGACGACCUUAUCGAGAUGGGCAACAUUCAAAGAGGGGGUGGUCCAGAAAUGAUGUGUAUGUGACACCCCAGCAUUCUGCCGUAUGUAGAAUAAUGCAAGUAUGAAAGAGACCCCCUCUGCAACUCAGACUGGCAUUUCCCCUCUUCCCCCAGCUGCCUUUUAAACAUAAGUGUUGCUUUUGCACCCUUUUCCGAAUGCAGAAGCUUAGGAAGGGCUGGGGGACGGAAAGGAAGCAAAUGUAUUUUUUCUUUCUUUAUUGAAAUGAGGGGGUGACUCAGGGAUGGGAGGUUUGUUUUGUUGUUGGCAGUGGAAGGCUCCCCCCUUCCACUCCCCUUUGAGUCGAAACAGAUGUCUCUCCCAUAAAAUGAGAUUGUAUGAGCUCAUGGAGGAGAGAGAGAGAAAGAAAGAGAGAGUGAGGCAGAGAAGCAAGGACCCCCGCAUCUCCAAUUCAGACUCUGGGUGUGUUGCAGGUCCAGCUGGAGUCAUUCUGCCCUGCAUCUCCUUCUAGAUGGAGAGGGAUGGAUGGAAGAGAAGUUAUUGUUUGACUAAGCUGAAAACCCUGUAAAUGCCCCUCUCUUCCUUGGCCUUCAACCGCUUCCCUUCUCAUGUUUUCACUCUUGAUUCUGCAGCCAAGGGUCUCAACUUAAUAAGAGAAUUAAGCAGACACUCUUCCAUUCUACAAGCUGCAGUAUAUAAAAAUGUGCAAAGUAGAAAAAAUGGCAGCGUACAACAGUGAAAAACAAACAAACAAAAGCAGAACCAGGGGGAUCAGAAUGCAAGAUCUGUUCUGAGAUGUCCGGUGCUUUCGCAAUCAGCAGCACGGAAAGUGGACCUUCCAUGGUGCAUACGGAUGAGAAGAAAGGCAAGCAAGCAGGGUGCAGCAAUAUCUCCCAGCUUCUUGGCCUGAUGGACACGGGGCGGGCUGUUCCCUGCCACCUCUGCCGUGGCGGCAGUCAGUCCACAGGCCGUCCAGACAGACAGCAGCUGCCGAGACCACAAGAGAGGAGGGCUGGCAUUGAAACAACAAAGACAGCUGGAGAGGCAGUGCCAACUUUGUGAUCCUAGCGGAUGCCAACCUCUUUGUAUUACAGGAACACCAAGAAGGAAGGGGAGCUGCUGACCGCUCAAGCCCGCCUGAAGGACGUCGAGGCCUUGCUGAACUCCAAGGAAGCAGCACUCACCACCGCCUUGGGAGAGAAGCGCAACUUGGAGAAUGAGCUCCGUGAUCUGCGGGGGCAACUGGCCAAGGCGGAAGCUGCUUUGGCUGAGGCCAAGAAGCAACUUCAGGACGAGAUGCUGCGACGGGUGGAUGCGGAGAACAGACUGCAGACUCUGAGGGAGGAGCUCGAAUUCCAGAAGAACAUCUAUGGCGAGGAGCUUCGUGAGAGCAAACGCCGCCACGAGACCCGCCUGGUGGAGAUCGACAACGGGCGCCAGCGGGAGUUCGAGAGCAAGCUGGCUGAUGCCCUGCAUGAUCUGAGGGCCCAGCACGAAAUGCAAGUCAGGCUGUACAAGGAAGAGCUGGAGAAGACUUACGGCUCCAAGCUGGAUAACGCCAAGCAGUCAGCCGAGCGGAACAGCAGCAUGGCGGGGGCAGCCCAUGAAGAGUUGCAGCAGACUCGCAUCCGCAUCGACAGCCUGUCGGCGCAGCUGAGCCAGCUGCAGAAGCAGCUCUCUGCCAAGGAAGCGAAGCUGCGUGACCUGGAGGACGCUCUUGCCCGGGAGCGCGACACCAGCCGCCGCAUCCUGUCUGAAAAGGAGCGGGAGAUGGCAGACAUGCGGGCCCGCAUGCAGCAGCAGCUGGAUGAGUAUCAGGAGCUGCUGGACAUCAAGCUAGCCCUAGACAUGGAGAUUAAUGCCUACCGCAAGCUUCUGGAAGGAGAAGAGGAGAGGUUGCGUCUCUCCCCCAGCCCCACCUCCCAGAAGGGGGGCACCAGGACACGCAUCUCCCACUCUUCUAUGCAAAGCUCUUCCAAGAAGCGGAAGCUGGAGGAUGGAGAGAGCCGCACUAGCUAUUCCCACCAUGCCCGGACCAGCGGCCGCGUGGCUGUGGAGGAAAUAGACCUGGCAGGGAAGUUUGUCCGCCUGAGGAACAAGUCGAAUGAGGACCAGUCCCUGGGAAACUGGCAGAUCAAGCGCCAGAAUGGAGACGAGGCCCCCAUCUCCUACAGGUUCCCCCCCAAGUUCACCUUGAAGGCAGGCCAGCUGGUUACGAUCUGGGCCUCUGGUGCCGGGGUGACCCACAACCCUCCUAGUGAUAUGGUGUGGAAAAACCAGAGCUCAUGGGGAACUGGAGACAGCUUGCGCACCGCUCUUCUCACCUCUACAGGAGAGGAAGUGGCCAUGCGGAAGCUGGUGCGCACUGUGAUUGUCAAUGAUGACGAUGAAGAUGAUGAGGAUGAAGAUGGGCGCCACCACCACCACCAUAGCCACUGCAGCGGCUCUGGCGACCCAGGCGAGUACAACCUGCGUUCCCGCACUGUGCUUUGCGGCACCUGCGGGCAGCCGGCAGACAAGGGGGCCAGUACCACCAACGCUGCGACCAGCACCCUGUCCUCUGGCUCUUCCUCUUCCAGCCUCACCAUCACACGCAGCUACCGUACCGGAGGCAGCAGCCUUGGGGAGAACCUGCUCCCCCGGACCUACAUCCUGGGCAAUUCCAGCCCACGCCAGCAGGGCCCUCAAAACUGCAGCAUCAUGUAAACCUGCCGCUGCUCCCUGACAACGCUCACAGCCUGCUAGACAAAAAGCAACUUAUUCCUUACAUGCACAGAAGAAACGUUUAUAAAAGGAGUUAUUUUCUACUGCAGGAAUUUAUACUUUAUUAUUACAUAUCGAGAUAUAUAAAAAUAUAUAUAAAUGCUAAAGAUGCUUCAGGGGUUUUUUAAGAAUUUUUUUUUCUAUAACAAAAAGAAAAGCUUUAAAAAAAACCACAACCAAGCCAAAGAAAUUUGAGUUAUUGGUGCCAAAAAGGAGGGGGGAAAUGUUUUACUUUAAUAUCUCCUUAACAUAGGGGUGUGUAUAUGUACAGAGAUAUAUAUAGAGAUUUUUCAUUGGAAUACCAAAGGUUUCUGUAUGUAAAAGGAAAAAAGAUAAACAGCCAGCAGAGACGAGGCCCUCUUGGUUUCAUAUUCUCCCCUAGGGACAAACUCUGAGAGGGAUUUUUGCACUUGCUGUUUCCCUGUGGGAUACACUAAAGAUGAAUUAUACUCAUAAGCCACUCUUGGCUAACAGCAGCUGUAACCCACAGUUAGCCCCCACACCUGAGGUAAAACAGUUUGACUCUCAUAGAGACACCCUCUUGGUUCAGAGUGGAGCCUUGUUUACAGUGUCAAUGUGAGACUCUUCUUUUAAAUAAAACCCACAUUAAUUUCAGUCUAAAUUCUGGUCUGAGAUCCUGGACAGGAAAUGUACCAUACUUUAAUCCAAUGUCUGUUGUCAGGCUGUUUUACUCGAUGCUGAUGAGGCCCUCUAAGGCAGUUACAAUGCAAAACAGCCCUUAAACUGACCGGGAUUAUAAAUCCGCUUCAUCUUAAAAUUUAGUUUGCACCCCUACUUUUCACCCACUCAGAAUAAAUACAAAAUAAUCGCUGGUGUGAAUGAACCAAAUUCAGAUGAACUGCAUCCACAUUUGUGCCUUUAAAUGAAGAAAUCUAGAUUUAGCUCUUCCCACCAUGCAAAACAGCUCAUAUACUAUACUUGUCCCGAUGUGUACUUUUGAUGCCCCUCCUGACAGUUUUGGGGGUGCACAUGACAACUUAACACCCACUUUUGCUUCAAGGAAAUGUUUCGGCUCAAAAAUUGAAACCACCUUCCUUUGGCAAACAAGCAUGUAAGAUUCCCGCAUUGUAAGAGAAGGCUGUUGGCAGCUGGGGCUUGACAGCUGUCCGGUCCAAAAACAAUUCUCUCCAAAGCUUUUUCUCUCUGCCUCUCUGCCUUGCUUUGCUCGAGUUGCAGCUGCUGUUAUCCCUCCUCCCCUCCUCCUUACAGCCAACUGCUAUGCUACAAUAGCCAAUAUAAAUGCUGUUGGGUUGACAUUUAUGUACUGUAUUGUUCUUUGGCGGCGCUUUGAGGGAGAAAGGGGUGGGUGGGCGUGUAUCGGCUGGUGUCCGCGAUGUGCCUUGGCAAGGAUGGUCUUCGCCAGACUGGCAGCCCAGAAGCAAAGGACGGCAGCUCCUUGCUGAAAGAUGGCUGCCGUAGCUAGUGCUCUUGUUUUGGUUGCCUUUUUAAGGGCUACGGGAAGGUGUAGUGAACGUUCGGGGAAAAGUGCCUUUUGAUUUCAGUUCCGGGACCAGCUUUUUUUCUGUGCCUGAGUUUGACUACGAUGCCCUAAACGGGCUGUUGAGCUACAAAGCUUCCUAGCCAAAGCACCAGGUAGGUUUGGGGAGUUUUGUAGGUCUUUUUAGUCCCCACCCCUUUGUGAUAUCAGAGCAGCCGAUGCACAGUCAGGGAAGCCGCAGCGCCCAGCAACAAAGUCUACUCUCUCCAAAGUGGGGCUGCCCCACGGAGCUUUUUCUCUCAUUGAUGUGCAUGGGGCAGCCCCUGUCAGCCUUGAGGCCCUUGUUUGUCUCCGACUAAGUCUGGAUUCCCACCAUGGUCUUCUGUUGGUGGGGUCCUGUCUGCAGAGAUUGUUUCUCUUCCCUGCCCAGCCGAGGAUUCAAAAAGGCCACCUUCUCUUGCAGCAGACAGUUGGGUCUCCUCAGUUUUCAGAUGUGUGUCUCACGUUAAGUUUGGAAGACACACCAGAUCAAAGUCACCUAAGGGUGCAGUGAAGUCUCAACACAAGCAGGGUCAGGCACAGAGAAUCUGUCUAGGUCCAAAAUGUGAUCCAGAAACAAGGUCAAUAGCGCAGAGAGAGUUCAGCAAGGUGGGGGAAUGAGGCCUGUGUUGCUUCUAGCAAAUGGAAGGCCCAAGUGGGGGCCUUGUAUACUCUGGCCUCCCAAACACAUUCUUAACAGGCAGUGAAGGAGUAUCACAGACCCCCUGCUUGUGAGUAGGCCUAGGACUCUGGGUCUGUAAGCACAUCCUGCAUGGUUCCUCUCUAGCCUGGACCGAAAGUGGCAUGGCAAACCCCAUAAUCCACAACCAUGGGCUGUACUGUCUGGGGCUGAUGGGAGUCCCAACACCACCUGGAGAGCAUCAUGUUGGCAACCCCUGAUCUACCCUAAAUUGGGCCCGGUUGAAUUGUGAGCUCUUUUGUGAGCUGUACAUACAGACUGGCAAUAUUGGGUGCUCUGAAAAAGAUCCCAUUUGAUCCCUUCAGCCAAGAGUCAUCUGGUCACUUCUCAAGGAUCCACAAAUUUGCUGAGCUUCUGAAUAGGACCUAGAGAAAUCUUCAGAGUUUUGAGGGCGUUCUGAAGGGGCUCUGAUUUUGCCCUAGCCUCUGCCCCUCUCACAUGUGUGUGUCUCAGAAAGGGAUCCCCCCUUCACCCUUGAACAGCAGCCACUUUCCCUGUGGCCCACAGUUCAAAUCUUUAUUUCCCUUGUAGAAAGUUUUUUUAAAAUGCUCUCCACUGUGGAACUAGAGUGAGGUGUGUGAUGGGACCGGGGGACACAUUUUCCAUGCACACAUAUAUCCUUGCAUGCGGCUUUGGAUUGCAGGCAAAUAACUUUCCUCAGGAACCUCUGGGCAGCUUCGUUUGCCAGUAGCUUGCCAGUAGCUUGCAAUGCACCCUCCUCGAUGGGGCAGCAGCGUAGCAAAACCCAUGCUGUGUGUUGCAAUGCGCCUGUUCUCUUGCCUUAAUUCGGGUGGGGGUAGGGCAUGGUGCAAAAUUAAAACACUAAACCGAAAACGUGCCUGCCUGCUGCCAGCUGCAAUCUUGCUUCUCGUUUGUUUUUUGUCUUUGCAAGAGUUUCACCCCGAUUCAACACCCACCCAUGUCAUUGCUCUCUUUCUCUCAGAUGCCCCCCUCUCUAGCAAGACUCAACCACCCAAAACAAUUCUCCAGGGGGAAGCCAGUGCUUUUGUUAGGGAGUUUUUUGUGCUGUUGACCUCUGCUGCGGCCUGCGUUUGCUGUUCAUGUGGCAGUAGUGCUCCUGUAUUUUCUUAAACCAAAUACACUUAAAAAAUGUCUACCAAACCA